GCGCCAAAGUGGACAAAGUGGGAAAAUUUUGAACUAAAACUGUAAUACCAACAUAAUAAAAUUAAAAAUUUUUCUUUUCUGUCAACGAGCCGCCGCCAUGAAAGCUAAAGGAGAGUUGAAAGAGUAUGAAGUCAUCGGGCGUAAGUUGCCCACAGAAAAGGAGCCCAAAACUCCUUUGUAUAAAAUGAGGAUCUUCGCUCCCGAUCAAAUUGUGGCCAAGUCUCGUUUCUGGUAUUUCUUGAGACAGCUAAAGAAGUUCAAGAAAGCCACCGGUGAGAUCGUCUCGGUCAAACCCAUUCCAGAAAAAACUCCCACCAAAAUCAAGAACUUUGGUAUUUGGCUGAGGUACGACUCUCGUUCAGGAACUCACAACAUGUACAGAGAAUACAGAGAUUUGAGUGUUUCUGGUGCUGUAACUCAAUGCUACAGAGAUAUGGGAGCUAGACAUCGUGCUAGAGCUCAUUCAAUUCAGAUUAUUAAAGUGGAGCAAGUGAAAGCUUCUGAUACAAGGAGGCCCCAAGUGAAACAAUUCCACGACUCCAAAAUUAGAUUCCCUCUGCCCAAACGCAUCCAACACAAAUCUAUGAGCACAUUCUCAGUACGUAGGCCCAGAACCUAUUUCUUGUAAUGUGUUAAGAAUAUGAUUUAUUUUUAAAUAAACGACUAUGUAAGGAA